GUGGCCCUCGGCGGGAUCACGACGACGACGACAAAAUGGCGGCUUUGGGCUGAGCCUCCACUGACUGAAACCAGCUGUCUGUCCCCCAGCAUCCCUCAACCCGGCCCCGGGGCAGGCCCAAUGGCUCUGAAAGCCUUCACAUACCCUCUGCCUGAGACACGGUUCAUCCAUGCGGGGCGGACUGUUUACAAGCUCAAGCUGCGUUACAGCCACCACAUCAGGGAAGACUUGGGAUUCAACAGAGAGCUCGUCAGGAAAGAGUUGCAGGAUUGUAUCCGUGCAGUGCUUGGAAAUCUGGACAAUCUACAGCCGUUUACCACCGUUCAUUUCACCAUCUUCCCGUAUAAAAGUAAAUGGGAAAGAAUAUCAGAACUGCGGUUUAAACAAGGAGACAGAGUUCUUACUUCAUAUCCAUACGUGUGCACCUUGUAUGUAGAACUGAGAUUGGAUCAGCAACAUUCACCAGUUAAAGAAGGGAGCCCUUUCAUUGACAGUGGUUUUGUGGGGAAGAUGACGAGGGAGACCGUGGUCGCGGUAGCAGAAAGAGCAUCGGAGAAGCCACAGUUACAUCCCACUGGGAAAAGGUCGAGGAGUGGCAGUCACGUCAACAGUGACGAGAACGCGAGUGACUCAGAGACAGCCGGGAAGAAGAGCAAGAAAGAGAGAAAGCGAGCUGCUGUCCGAGUUGACAAGGCACGUGGCAAGCUGUGUAUCGCAGGCAAGAUGACCAGCCCCGGCUCUGACCAUCACCGACCCUAUCACAGCCCCGGGUCUGACCACCACCAACACCAAAACAGCCCUGGGUCUGACUAUCACCGACCCCAUCACAGCCCUGGCUCUGACCACCAACGACACGACACCGAAACAGCCCCGGCUCACCAGAGGCAGCGGGAGGAGGAAUCUUCAAGUUUCUGAGCAGCGUCUUUGUUCCCUUCUCCCUGUUUUUUGGCACAAGGCGAUCACGCUAAACCUCUGUCGCCUCGAGGGAAAAGGAGCGACCUAUCCGAGGGACUUAAAGUAUUAGUCUCAACGGCGAGACAGUCUGGUCUGCUACUUCAUUCCAGUCCCCUUUGGAAAUUGCCGCAAUUAUAACUUGCGGUAUUGGAAUUGGAAUGCCACCGAUGUAGCGGCCGUCUCUGCCACCAUGUUUGAUGUUGUCGACGUGAGUGUUUCCCGGGCAGCUGUUUUACCCGAGGUUUAUUCUCUCUUAUCUAUUUUGCUGCGGACAUUGGGAAGA